AUGGAGCAAACAAAUUCAGAAGAUUCCUUUUCAGAUAAGGAUAACCAUACCUGUGUCCUUUGAUACCAGGAAAAAACAAUUUUCGCACAUCCAGUCGUAUGACAGCACCUACCCAAUAUCUGUUUCGAAUGAAUGUACCUGUAUUUGAUCAAGUCAAAGAAAAGAGUAUGACCUUAUUGCAGGAAUAGCUUUGACCAUCUUUGGUAUCUUAGCCCAUAUACACAAGUGGUUGAUGAAGUAGAAAUUGAUGACAUCGGUUCCUUGUUCAAACAUCUGAAUAAUCUUAGUAUCAAAGUAACUGUCCAGAAUAAAUAAAAUUAAGAAAGCUCUAGAAGAAGCAUAUGAACCGAUCUGUAAAGAAUGAGAUGUUCUUUUCCCAAACAUAGAAGAGCUGAAGGAGCACAUGCAUGAAACUCAUGGUAAGAUAGCAUGCUCUUUCUGUCAAGGAGAUGAGACUAUCGCCACUGAGUUACAUUAUUUUUCUCUCCAAAAACUCCGAAAACAUCAAUCUGAAAAAGUCAAAGGAAAAACUCGCCACCCAACAUGCAACUUCUGCAAUCGUAUCUUCGAAAACGAGAUCAAAUACAUGCAGCACAUCAAAAAAGACCACUUCUACUGUAACCUCUGCCACCACACCUCCAAAAAGUACAUCUUCGGCAGCCUAAAAUCCUACAACGACCACAUCCUAAAACUCCACGAAGAAGAUCUCAAAUCCAAAAAACUCGAUCUCACUUGAAUAUAACAAUAAAAACCCUCUGCAAAAACUACCUUCUCCGCUCAGACCUGCCGUCUACCUCCCUUGACAAGUACUUCAAAGAAAUGAUAAAGCCCCAUGAUGUUUAAUUAAUAACUAGUUG